AUGGUUGGUUAUGAUACCCCUCAGCUGGGCUUGGCGAGGUUCGGUAAAAUAACGGAGUCAGCAUUAGCUGAACUGAGGAAGCUCAUAUCCCUACUAGUCAUGGUGGUUUCAAAAUUGAUUGAUCUUUUUAUCUCGAAGUGGUUAUCCGGAUUUCACGAGUUACUAAUAGCUAUUGCAACCUUUUCUAACUGCCAAUUACGACCUAGCCUAACUCUGUAUCAAAGGCAGCAAUCAAUAUCCAUUCUGGAAAAUAAGAUAGAGGUACAAGAUGCGAGCGUGUAUCCUCGACGCUUUGGCUCAACGUAUUAUGGUUGUGAUGAGGGGGUCCGUCGAAUGUACUCGACAAGUAGAAGGGAAAUAAACAAACCAGGGUUGUAG